AUGGCUUGCGCUCUUCCGCCGUUCCGAUCCAGACCUCCUCCCGACCCUACACCGUGUGAGUUUACCCUGCUUCGUUCUCUCUACCCUUCCGGCCCUCCGGACCCUUCCAGCCCUCUGGACCCUCCCGACCCUCCGGACCCUCCCGAUCUUCCACCGCCAAUGAAGUCUCCGAUGGUUCAGUCUCCUUCUCCGUUCUGUAAUUCACCGUCUUCCAUCUCCGUUUAUUCCCCUAGUUCACUCCCAAGCCCUUUCUGGCUCUGUCUCUCUCUGCACAACAAGAUCUCGAAGCUCGUUCCUGUGAGGAGGAGUCUCACUGAUUUGUGGGAGACAGAGGAUGCAUCACUGUUGGACUCUCCAAAGAGGACAGAUCUACAACUCUCUUCGUCCCAGAUCUACAACUCUCUUCGUCCCCUUGGACGAUGA